AUGGAUAAUUUUGAGAAGAAACUGAGCCAGAGGCUUGAUGCAAGGUCUCGAAAAGUAAGAUUCAAAAUCUCCUCAGCUUACAGUGGUCGCCUGUUAAAGCAGGUCUAUGAAGAUGGACAGGAACUUGAAAUCCCACAAGUGGAAUAUCCCCAUAGCUUUCGGCACUGGAACUUUGAACCUAGAGGCCAUUUCUUUGGGAUUGAUGAAACCCCAGAAUCUAGAUUUUAUCCAUCAGCUAAACUGAAUGCACAGAGAAUCAGCGUAUUCAGAGAGGGGAACAAAUACACCCUCACAAGUACUCCUUCUCUCCUGAAUGAUGACCAGCCAGAGGACAGUCGUAUGGAACCAGAUGAUGAGAACAGUUGUUCCCAAUGUAAGGGAUCGGGCUCUGCACCCUGUUCUGUGUGUCAUGGAAGCAAGUUUUCAAUGUUGGCUAAUCGUUUUAAAGAGUCCUACAGAGCUCUGCGAUGUCCUGCUUGCAAUGAAAAUGGCCGGCAACCCUGCCAGACUUGUGCUCAAUGA